AUGAAUGAAACUAUACCAAUGGAUGUCUAUGGAACAGGAUCGCCAAAUGUGCAUAAGGUUCUCUUUGCUUUAGAGGAGAUGAACAUUCCACAUGUAUUUCACCAAAUCAACAUUAAGAAAGGUGAACAAUAUAGUGAAAAGAUAAAAAAAAUAAAUCCAAAUUGUAAGGUUCCUGUGAUUGUAGACCACUCUGUACCAGGUGAUAUUGUGGUCUUUGAAUCCGGUAACAUAUUGCAGUACUUGGCAACUCGUUACGGUAAUGGUCGAUACCUUCCCAGUCAAAUCAAGGAUAUAAAAGGUCAUACAGAAGUAAUGAAUUGGUUAUUCUGGCAAAUGGCUAAUCUCGGACCAAUCUUUGGACAAUUCUACCACUUCUUUUUCUACUCGGUUGAAAAGCAUCCCUAUUCAUUCCAAAGAUACUUGAAUGAAUUAACUAGAUUACUUUAUAUCAUUGAAGAUCGUUUAGAAAACAACGAGUUUAUUGUUGGAAAUGAAUAUACUGUUGCAGAUAUGGCAAUAUUUCCCUGGGUCAGAUAUAUUCCAGGCAUUCCAGAUAUUAACUCUCAGGAAUUCCCUAGAAUCAUGAAAUACAUUGAUAUCAUGAAAACAAUUCCAUCGGUCCAAAAGGUACUCUUUGUCAUCGAAGAGGAACAUAAAGCCAAUCCACCAAGCUUGCCAACCGAUGAGGAACGUGCAUGGAUGUUUGGACAAGAUGGUAGAAAGAAGUCAUCAAAUUAG